AUGUCAGCAGCAAACAACCAAUCCUCCCUCAACGAAGCUCGAGGAGCAGGAACCACAUUCGGCCCCAACACCAACUCCUCCUCCUCAGCAACGCCCGCCAUGUCCGUAGGUUCAGCAACGGCAGCCGGGCACGGCGACCACCCCAAGGACAACGCCGAUGACAGCAAUGCCACUUUACCAGGAACCAAAGUCGGUCCUCAAAACGAAGACCUGGAUGGCGAGCAGAUGGCUGUGUUGGCGGAGGGGAAGGUGAUGGAUGCGCAGUUUAAUAAGAAGAAUGCGGGGUGGGGGGAGGAACAAGGGUUGAUGAGUAAUUUGGAUCGACAGAAGGAGGAGCAGAAGGAGAAGAGGGAGGAGGUUAAGGCGCAACGGAGCGCGGGGGUGAAUGUCGAUGGUGGUGCUGGACAGAGGACUGGCAAUGAAGAUUUGAGUGCGGUAUAG